ACCGUAAUUUUACCGGAAGUGCAGGCGCGGUUGUGAAGGAAAACAACAUGGCGGACGCUGUCUGAGUGUUUACAGUCUAAUGGAUGUUCCCUCCUCGUCCUCGCACCGUUGACGGGCUAUUUAACUUGUCUUACUUUUUAGAACCAUAUAAUUAAGUAAAAUGUAUUCCAGGGCUCACCUCCUGAUCGCAAGGGAGUAUGAAAAACUCCAGAAUGAGCCUUUGUGGGGUAUAGAAACAUGGCCCAUGUAUGAAGAUACCAUCUUUGAAUGGAUGGCAAAGAUCAACGGUCUUGUCAAUACGCCAUGGGAAGGUGGCAUAUUUAAAGUCUACAUCAAAUUUGAUGAACACUUCAAUGUACGACCACCAAAAAUGUCCUUUCAAACAAUACCCUUCCAUCCAAACGUGGAAGUGAGUUCUGGGCGUCCAUGCGUUGAUUUCUUGGACGACUAUGAGAAGUGGAAUGAGAACUUUAGUCUUUCAAUGCUGCUGCUGUCCUUACAGUCUCUUCUUGCCAACCCGGUGCUCAAAAAUGCAGUGAAUAUAGAUGCAGCGCAGAUGCUGAGGAAUUCUCCACAGUCGUAUUAUCAGAUGGUACAAGAGUGUGUUGUGGCAAGUCAGAGAGUUGAAGCUGGAGGUAGUCCGUAUAUUGGAACUGCUGACUCCAAGGUCAGGUUUGACAAACAUCCCCCUGAAGGCGUCCGCACAGCCCCGACACGCGGUGUGGUCCGGGUGUCCAAGUUAUCGUUUGAGGACUACCACAAAACUUGGAGCGGCAUCGCUACGUCAAAGACUAGUGCCAAUGCUGUCAAUCCGUUGUUGGAGUCCAUCAAAGAUCAACAUACUCUUCAAAAAGUUCAUCUUGGCUUGCCGAGAGAAGAAGUGGAAGAGCAGAUGAGGAAGCAGAUGGAAGAUCAUAAUACACUGAUGUAUGGCAAGUUCAAGAGUAAAGUGUCUCCGGAAAAUGUACGAGAGGCCAGGUUGGCACAGCUGAAGAAAAUGAAGAAAAUCUACUUGGCACCAAGGCAGUCACCUCUGCCUCCCAACCAAGACAUUGACCUGGCCGCUGCUCUCCCCGGAUUACAGACGCGUGACGACGGGAACGAGGGCUGGGAGAAAGAGGUGGAUGAUCUCGUCAAAUGGACAAACAACCUCGACUCAAAUGCAAUCGAUGCCACGUGAUCUUAUCACUGACGAGUGAAUGAAUCUGUUUUUGUUUGGAUAUGUUUUGUUAUUGUAUUUAUUCAAUACUGCUGUGGAUUUCUCCAUCUGUUCUGUAUUUCUUACUGACAACUGUGGCCAUCUAUCUUUGAUUUUGUUUUGCUCAACAAAAAACUGUGUGAAUGUUUUGUAUAAGAAAUAGAGAUGUUAAAGAUCAGUGGUAUAUUGUUAUUCAUAUCUCUGUCUUUGAAGAUAGAGAUGACAUCUAAUACUCUGUAUAUUGCUAACACAGCAUUUUCUAGGUUCACAGUUGAACAUUUUUUUGUAAGCAAUAUGAUUAAAAUGUUACGGUAUGAUUUUAUGUAAUCUUUUCUGCAUAGUGCAAAAUGUGAACUACGUUUUGCCCCAAAUGAUGUUAAUGCUGCAUGUGAUGUGUACAAAUUUGCUGUUAUGUUUAUUCAGGGUUUUUUAUAUUUAAUAUGUGUAUACAAUGACAAAAUUUGUCUCAAAAUUUUCCCUUGAAAGAUCAUUUGAAAGAAAAGAGUUGAAACUGGUGCAUGGAAAUUAUGGGUUGUUUAUUGACAUGCACUAGCAUAUACCUUAAGCUACUCAAUGUCACGGUUUAUGUUGCUGUAAAAAAAGAGAAACAGUUUAGCACGCCCAGAGCGAACAAGCACUUAACGAAAAAUGCCUCUAUAAAUAGCAAACAGAUUUUCAGCUCCCUCAUUUUUGUUGUUGUUGUACAUUCUCAAAUAUGUAUCGCCUGAAAUUUGUACAAAGCGAACAGUUUUUCGUACCCCAUCGAUUUCGCUAUGUGCAUGUUAGACUGAAGUUUACAUUGUGUAUUUCACAGACAACAAUGUUCAGUAUUUGUAUGCUGUAAACCCGAAAUGUGACAAAUGUACAAUAAAGACGUGAAAAGAAAUUUGUUAAAAUCGCAACAAAUUCUCUAUAAUA